AUGGCAAUUACUCCCCUGCAGGUGAUGCUCACGCCCGGCUGGGUGGUGGUACCAGCGACGUCACGAGUAAACCGCGGUGGUCCGCACUCGAGUGUGCACGCCUACAACACCGAGACAAACUCACACUCGAGUGUGCACGCCUACAACACCGAGACGAACUCACACUCGAGUGUGCACGCCUACAACACCGAGGCGAACUCUCACUCGAGUGUGCACGCCUACAACACCGAGACGAACUCACACUCGAGUGUGCACGCCUACAACACCGAGACGAACUCUCACUCGAGUGUGCACGCCUACAACAUCAAGACGAACUCUCACUCGAGUGUGCACGCCUACAACACCGAGACGAACUCACACUCGAGUGUGCACGCCUACAACACCGAGACGAACUCUCACUCGAGUGUGCACGCCUACAACACCGAGGCGAACUCUCACUCGAGUGUGCACGCCUACAACACUAAGACAAACUCUCACUCGAGUGUGCACGCCUACAACACUGAGACAAACUCACACUCGAGUGUGCACGCCUACAACAUCAAGACGAACUCUCACUCGAGUGUGCACGCCUACAACAUCAAGACGAACUCACACUCGAGUGUGCACGCCUACAACACUAAGACGAACUCUCACUCGAGUGUGCACGCCUACAACACUGAGACAAACUCUCACUCGAGUGUGCACGCCUACAACACUGAGACGAACUCACACUCGAGUGUGCACGCCUACAACACUGAGACAAACUCUCACUCGAGUGUGCACGCCUACAACACUAAGACGAACUCACACUCGAGUGUGCACGCCUACAACACCGAGACAAACUCACACUCGAGUGUGCACGCCUACAACACCGAGACAAACUCACACUCGAGUGUGCACGCCUACAACAUCAAGACGAACUCUCACUCGAGUGUGCACGCCUACAACACUGAGACAAACUCUCACUCGAGUGUGCACGCCUACAACACUGAGACGAACUCACACUCGAGUGUGCACGCCUACAACACUGAGACAAACUCUCACUCGAGUGUGCACGCCUACAACACUAAGACGAACUCUCACUCGAGUGUGCACGCCUACAACACCGAGACAAACUCACACUCGAGUGUGCACGCCUACAACACCGAGACAAACUCACACUCGAGUGUGCACGCCUACAACAUCAAGACGAACUCUCACUCGAGUGUGCACGCCUACAACACUGAGACAAACUCUCACUCGAGUGUGCACGCCUACAACACCGAGACAAACUCUCACUCGAGUGUGCACGCCUACAACAUCAAGACGAACUCUCACUCGAGUGUGCACGCCUACAACACCGAGGCGAACUCACACUCGAGUGUGCACGCCUACAACAUCAAGACGAACUCUCUCCCGAAGCCCUCUAGUCGUGGCCAUGAGAUAUCAACAUUGGCAUUUAGCUCUUGA